GACAUUCUCAGCCGCAACGCGUGAUGUACCUGCUCAUGCUCGCCCCACUCUCCGCAUGACGUCAUGUUAUCGAAGCGCGGGUUUUUACGUCACCGGGCGCGAUGACGUGCGACGCGGAUCAUACCGAGGCGCCGGGUUGGUAUAACGAGCGAGAGAUCUCUCACGCGCAGACGCACAGGCGAUAGAUAAAGAAAGCACACGCACACAGAGACACUCAUUCGUCUCUUUGCUCAGUGUGCGUGCCUUCGUCGUCUUCUUCUUCUUGUUGUAAACAGCUUGUUCGGUAACGCGCACUGACAGUACCGACACGCCGGGUGUUGUUGUGGGUGGCCUGUCCACCACAUCAUCGCAUGUUGGCAAUUGAGGCUUUAGCCCAGGAAGAGGUGGCUAUAGAAGAGACACAAGAUACAGAGAGGAGCUGAGCUCGGCUCUGUGUGUCCCCCACCACCCCCCCGCCGCACACGAAGGAUCUGACUUCUUGUUCCAUCGGUGCUGGCUUCACCAUGGCUCCACGUCCGAACAGGAGUCGCACCGUUGUUGUAACAGGGUUCGGUCCAUUUCGAGAGCACAAUGUAAAUGCGAGUUGGGUGGCUGUGCAGGAGCUGGAGAAGCUGGGUAUGGGUGAGGACGUUGACCUGAAAGUGUUUGAGAUCCCUGUGGAGUACCAGAAGGUGCAAGAGCUUGUGCCAUCUAUAUGGAAGCUGCACAACCCCCAGUUGAUGGUUCACGUGGGGGUGUCGGGGGUGGCGCAAGCCGUCACACUAGAGCAGUGUGGGAAGAACGUGGGCUAUGUGGUGCUGGACAAUGCGCGCUGCUGCCCGGGCAGCCACUGCUGCGUGGAGGGAGGGCCAGAAUGCCUCCAUUCCAGGGUGAACAUGGAGGCCGUGCGGGACAAGGUGCGCGCUCAGGGGCUCGAGCUGCAGCUUGCCGUGUCGGAUGACGCAGGCAGGUACCUGUGCGACUACACCUACUACUAUUCGCUGUUCCUGAGCCAUGGCAAGGCGACGUUUGUGCAUGUACCCCCACUGGACAAGCCAUAUAGUGCUGAAUUGCUGGGCCACGCUCUUAAGCUAAUCGUGCAGGCCAUGCUGGAGCAGUUGGAUGAUGUGCAGGAAAGCUGCCUUUAGCACGAGCACCACAUUCCCAUUUAAUCACCUGCUUCUGAAAGCCUGCGUGUAAGACUUGAGAAUCAUGCCCAUGCAACUUUGCUCUGUACACUCUGCCACUUUCGAUCUGCAAAAGCAGGUUGAGCAAUUGGGGCACCUGUUCUUGUUUGCAAAUACAUGUUGUAUAGCUGAUUUGGUCAAUGCAAUUAUUUUUCAGCAGCAGUAAAUGGAACCAGGCCAUUUAGUGCGGAGCAGGGCAAUAAUUUGAUGUACCCUUAUCUGUACUGACAUGUCAUUUGCAUUGAUUUUCUGUCAGCCUCAUUGGAAAGUGUUUAUGUUCCUAAACAGACUUUGUUGAUUUGGUUAGAAUGAUCAACCUAAUACAUAACUGCGGAGCUGGUGCAAAACUGCAACUGAACUAUCUUAAUGUUUAAAUCAAAGGUCUGCUUAUCGAUGAGCCAUUAAACAAUACCACAGCCUUUAACUCCUUUGCAACCUACAUCAAAAUGGGGCAUUUAGCGAGCUACAGUUUUGUCAAUAUUUUUGCAGCAAUGGCUUAUUUGAUUAAUAGUAACCCUUGGCUUACAACUUUCAUGACUGCAGGAAUUCAUAUUCUUGGUUCUUUCGGUAAAGUUCCGUAGCUAGAAAAAAAAAA